CCUUUCUUUCCCAUUUUUUCUUUCUUUUCCUAUCGAAGAAAAUGGCCAGAACCAAGCAAACUGCGCGCAAGUCCACUGGUGGCAAAGCUCCUCGAAAGCAACUUGCAACCAAGGCCGCUAGAAAGUCGGCUCCCACUACCGGUGGUGUGAAGAAGCCCCAUCGUUAUAAGCCCGGUACCGUCGCUCUUCGUGAAAUUCGUCGAUACCAGAAAUCUACUGAGCUCUUGAUUCGCAAACUUCCCUUCCAGCGUCUGGUUCGUGAAAUUGCCCAAGAUUUCAAGACCGAUUUGCGUUUCCAAUCGUCUGCCAUUGGUGCUUUGCAGGAAGCCGCUGAAGCUUACCUUGUCUCUCUCUUUGAAGACACCAAUCUUGCUGCUAUCCAUGCCAAGCGUGUUACCAUUCAACCUAAGGAUAUUCAACUUGCUCGUCGUCUCCGCGGUGAACGUUCAUAAAUAUACAUCGUCGAACAUCACCGACUACGCUCGUCAAUAGUAAAUCCCGCUUUUAUGAAUACAUCGUUUUAAAGCAAUAAAAAUAAUGUUUGUGCAA